AUGUCAGAGUUGGUCCUGCACGAAGCAGCAGCCAGCGGUAACUACCAUGAGCUCGAGAGUCUUCUCAUGAUGGGGAGGAUUGAUGUGAAUUUUAAAGACGCAGAAUUUGGCGACAGAACCGCUCUGCACUGGGCAGCAGCCAGAGGUAGUAAUAUGAAAAGUCUCUCAUGCUACCUACCGAUAGCCGUACGUUAAGGUGGCUCCCUACAGUUAUAGUCCAGUUUAAAAUAUUUAUAUAGCUCAGACAUCAUCCUCGCGACUCGCGCGUGGAAUCGUCGUGGCCCGGUAAAAAUCUUGAAACAAGUAAACAAGCCGCGGGAAGUUGUUUUUGUAUUUUUAUCUACAAAGAAAACGCCAGUUUUUUAUUAUAAUCCUAAACUUUUCAACAUUCGAACAGUACGUAUGUUGUUAGCUAGUUUUUACCUACAUUCAGUGUGUUUUUUUAUAUAUUUAAUACGUUCAGUACUGUAUUUCAUAAUGCUCACAAUGUUCAACAACAGUGUCACGGACUGAAAUUAUAUUUUAUACUGUCUUGAAGGCACUCCUGAAUUGUCACUGAAACUUACGUAAACCCUGUCAUUCAACUCAGUUCACAUGUAGUUUUUAUCUGCUGAAUCCAAUAAAACUAUAAUGCAGACAGUUACGAGUUGUUUUAUACGAAAAGUCAAACUCUACUUGAAUGUUUUGAAAAGUUUUCACACCGAUUUUCACAACAAAACUAAAUUUAAGAAACGUUGGAUUAAGUCAGUGCGUUAUUGUGUUCUCAAUGUUUCGUAUUUUGAAUACAUAUAUCUUUUAUUUUCAUUUCAAAUAAGUAAAAAAUAUCUGUGUGAUACAUAUAAGCCAAAAACUCAAAGAGAAAAUUGCUAAAAAAGCCAACUAUAAACCGUACGCGUUUCGUGUUCCCCACGCAAAUAGUGAUCAUGUCGAAUCGAUAUUUUGUCACGUCAACAGCUUCAACUGGAUUUAGGACUAUUUUUCUCGCGUUUCCUUCGGUGAAAGUUUUUUAAACUUUGCACGUUUGCUAAGCAUGACGAUUCGCCAAACAUAUCAAAAUUUCAAGAAAUUCUAUAAGACAGAUUUUUUGUAGUCGUUAUUCAUGAAUAUCUCAAAACCGGCCUUAUAAACAUCCCUUCAAAUUUUAAUAUGUCGUUCCCCUUUCAACCAUAAAUCUUAAAAAAUAAAUUCAGAAAAAUUGACCGAAGGAAAAAAAAGAUAUUGCCGUUUGAUUGUAAAAUUAGACAAUAAAAGUGCAAAAGAUGAAACGUUAUGGUUGCCAUGGCAACACUAACACUGUUCCUAUUUGUUCAUAUAUCGACAGCAGAAGACUUCUGAACUUUCCUGGAAAUGAUUAUAUUGCCCUGUCUUAAGUGUUUUCAAUAUAAAUUUGGUUCAAAACGAAGGCUACCUAAAAUAUGUAAAAUUUUAGAAAACUGUAGGGAGCCACCUUAAAGCGUACCUAUUUUUGCACUGUGUAGGCAAUGCAAGUUGUACCAAGCUACUGUUAGACCACAAUGCAGAUCCGACCGUGCGAAUGGCAGGAGGUUGGACACCAGCUCAUUGCGCCGCUGAAGAAGGCAGAUUGAACUCGCUACGCAUCCUUCAUGAACAUGGGGCUGCAUUAUGUCUCGCUGAGAAUACUGGCGACACUCCCAGACGUAUUGCAGAGAUAUAUGGACAUACAGAAUGUGUCGAGUUUCUCAAGAGGUGGGUAGUAGUAUUUCUCGGAAAGCAGAUGUCGGUUAGCGCUCUAGCUAGCGGCACGAAAAAGUCUCAGAUCUAAUUCUUGUAGCAAGUCUGCCAACAAGCCGUCAAAAAGUUGUGUUCGCACUGCUUGUCGCAAGUUGUCAACAAGUUUGGAACAAGCUGUGAACAACUUGUAACAACCUUGUUGAUAUUUAUUUUAGAUUUGUUGCAAGGUUGUUCCAACAAGUCCGAUACAGUCAUGCUAUAGCAAUAUUGUUAUAACCUUGUGUCGUCGACCUUGUAACAUUCUUGUUAUAUCAUGACUGUAUCAGACUUGUUAGAACAACCUUGUAACAAAUCUGAUAAUGCCAUCAAGCUUGUUACACGUUGUUAACAGCUUGUUCUAAACUUGUUACAACAACUGGGAACAACAAGUUGUAACAAGGUUGUUGUCAAGUCGAUAUCAGGAUGUGUUCGCACUGCUUGUUCCCAGUUGUUGUGACAAGUCUGGAACAAAUUGUUAUCACUUGUUACAAAGUUGAUGACGAUAACAGACUUGCUACAAGUUGCUCCAACGAGACUGUUCGUAACAAGUUGCUACGAGCUUGUUGUCAUCAACUUGUUAACAACUUGUUACGUGCAGACGAUAUCAGACUUGUUGGAACAACUUGUUGCGAGUCUGUUGGCCUCAUCAGCCUUGUUACAAGAUGAUAACAACUUGUUCCAGGCUUGUCAACAAGCAGUGCGAACCUAUAUCUUUUGGUCAAGGCUGUGAGAUUUUUAACCGUGUAGAUUUUUACUGUGGGCUGGCUAGGUCUUUUACAUCGUUUGACAUGGAUUAUUUUCUUUUAGCAUUGAAGAAACAGACGAACAAAGAAAACUCUACAUCAAAGACACAAUUCUCAGUCAGGGAAGAAAAAUAAGCGCAGCGAAGAAACUCGAAACAAGCUAGUAGUAAGGCUAUUCGGCAAAGACCAUUUGCAGAAAUACUAAACCGUCAAGCCUAAUUGGUUAAACAAGGAUUCAUCGACUCUCAUCAAACUGGUUCAAAUUUUGAUGAGAGUUGGUGAGAAUUUUCGCUAACUCGCAUGCAACUCUUGUUCUCGUUUGACGGGGGCAUGAGAGUUGAGAAACCUCACAUGCAAACUCUCACUUCUCAACUCUCAUCAACUCUCAUGCAACUCUUGUUCUCGUUUGACCGGGGCAUGAGAGUUGAGAAACCUCACAUGCAAACUCUCACUUCUCAACUCUCAUCAACUCUCAUGCAACUCUUGUUCUCGUUUGACUGGGGCAUGAGAGUUGAGAAAAAACUCUCAUGUAAACUCUCGCUUCUCAACUGUCAUCAACUCUCAUGCAACUCUUGUUCUCGUUUGACCGGGGCAUGAGAGUUGAGAAACCUCACAUGCAAACUCUCACUUCUCAACUCUCAUCAACUCUCAUGCAACUCUUGUUCUCGUUUGACCGGGGCAUGAGAGUUGAGAAACCUCACAUGCAAACUCUCACUUCUCAACUCUCAUUAACUUUCAUGCAACUCUUGUUCUCGUUUGACCGGGGCAUGAGAGUUGAGAAAACUCUCAUGCAAACUGUCGCUUCUCAACUCUCAUCAACUCUCAUGCAACUCUUGUUCUCGUUUGACGGGGCACGAGAGUUGAGAAAACUCUCGCUUCUCAACUCUCAUUUGAUCGGGGUUUAAGACAAAUCUUUCCUCGCUAGUUAGGUCGCCGUGGCGACUACAGUCAGAAAAAAAUUAAAAUAUAUUUAAUAAAUUACACGUAUUUUAUCAUUUCAUAAAAAUUUAACAAUAGAUGUCUUGCGCUUUAAGGAUAUAACACCUAAAGUAGCAUCCUUUCAUGAUCAGUGUAAAUAUUAUGCUAAUUAUCCUUAUUUGCAGAUGAAGAAUAAGGUUUUUUGCGAAGGACGCAGUUCGACUCGAAGUUAUUUAAACUUAUAAAUAACAUAUAUAGGAAUGGAAUAAAUUCAGUAUAUAUAAUACGAUGUUAUCGUUCCAUCUUCUAUAUACCAUAUUUGAUAACCGUCAAGUGCUUGUUCAAUAGUUCUUCAGAAGUUCAAGCUAAUAAUGUUUUCUCAUACUCGAAAAUUAAACACAUCCUUAGCAAAGCAUACAACAAACUUUCAUAAAAGGCAGUCUUGGUAGUGGCUGCUUUCUUGAGGCUGUCCAACGUCGAAACAUUUUCCAAUGUAAUAAGCCUGUAUGCACGCCCAAAUGCCGACAAAAAUAACGACGACGACAGCAAAUAUGACAUCCAACAUCCUGUCACAACAAAAACAGCUUAUAUAUUCCGUUUAAUCAAAUUGAACAACAUCAAAUAUGUACUUUGCACAAACGUUUUUAAAUACGAAACAACAGAAACCCGUAUUUAAGUAGAACUACCUGCGCAUUUGAAAUUCUAUUCGUAUACAUGUGUCAUUGCCA